AUGGAUCCCGAAAAGGACAUUUACCAUGUAGUUAUUAGACUUCCUUUUAAACGUCCUGAUCAGUUUAUAGAGCCUCCUUCAAUUGUUUGGACCGAAGAGAUGGAGCAUAAAUUAUGGCAAUACAUGAGUCAAAAAAACACAGAUUGGAAUGUUAUUGCAGAACAAUUAGGAGUGCCGACUUCCUUUAUUGUUCGUCAUGCAGCAUUUAUUUAUGAAACUCAACUUCGUGGUAUUCACCAACAACUUCGACAAAAGGGAGCAAGCGCUAGUGUCAAUAGAACGAAUACAAAGAGCCCCAUUCCUUCAAAAUCUAGACCAACUUCUAUAAGAUAUUCAAACUCAUUACAGCAGCAAUCUGAGCAAAUAAGUAGUAAUAAUAUAUCACAAGAAACAAUAACACAAAAGACUUUAUUAGAUAAUCGAUCCAAUAAUUCUUCUCGUAUAGCUUUAAACGACGAAAAGUUAGAUAGAUCGUCUCUUAAUAAUAGCUUAUAUAAAAGCAACUCAUCGAGCCAGCCUCAUCCUACUGCUUAUCUAAAUGACAAUAGUACUGAGGAAGAGAGUGACAGUAUAACGAAUAAUGAAACAUCAACACCUUCUUCACCACUUGAAGAAGAAGUAUUUAGUAAUCAUUUUCAAAGAAUGAGAUUACAAGUAGAAGAACCUGCAUUCCUUCCGCAUAAUAGUUAUAUUUCCAAUAAUAGUAGCUUGAUAAGCAGUCGUCAACAAUUAUCCUUAUCUAUACAAAAUUUGAAGAAAUAUAAUACUUUGGAUGAUAAUCUAUCAUCAUCUUCAAUACACUCUAAAAAAGGUAACUAUACUGCCCCAAACACACAACCUCAGUCACCUGUUAUAGCUAUUACUACUAGCCAUCAUCGUACUACUACUGCUCCCAGUAGUUCAAGUAAUGAGAGUGCAUUGAAUUCAAUAGGCUCUUCAUUUAGUGAUUUAUCAGAUUCAUCAGUUACACAAUCAGCAUUAGAAGAAGCAUUUUUAUCUAAAUUUAACCAUGGUUCAAAGAUGUCUUUAUUGAACUUUUCACAUAAAUAUAAAGAAUAA